UUGAUUUAUUGAGAUAUAAGUCGGGUAAAAUGCCCACAAUUCUUGUUACCCUCACGGAUACCGUCACUGCUAGCCAUGGUAUCCCAAGCACUUUCAAACCAGGACCCUCGGCGACACUUCUUCCAGAAACAAUCCCCGAGGCAAAAACGUCGGUGGUCUUCCAAACCAUCACUUCGGUAGUCACUUCGACUACACUAGUAACCUCAACUGCAACCGCAAGGGUUAAACCAACGCCAACACCCCAAAUUGAAUUUUCAAAGCCUGCACGUCCGACAUCAGGUAAUUGGAAUGACAAUGUGACUAUAAACCUCUCGCUCACUGCAGCCAUCUUACUUGCUGUGAUUGCACUGAGUUUUAUAGGCUAUUAUAUCUGGCGGGCAUGCAUGGGCCGUUGUGAAGGAUGUGUCGAGCGUAAUCGAAGAAUCGCUUUCCUAGAAAGAGGCGAUCCUAUCAAAGUUCCCGAUCCGCCUGCUUCUCCAGCUCAAAAACCCCAGCGUCCUGGCUCUGUUAGACGACCCACCAAUUUUCCACGUCCACUCAGUCAACAUGGGUCUCUGGCUAAUGGUGACAUACCACCAGUCCCUGGCCUUCCUGGGUCCGUUGGACGAAAUGAUGGGUCUGGCAGCAGUAGGCGGAAGAACUGGACAGGUGAUAUCUCUCCAAUCAAUAUACCUGGCCCUCAGCCUCCUAUUGAAAUGGUUGAUCAUCCCCAGCACGUCGACUCCACAUCUGGGUUUCCAACUGCAUACAACAGUUAUCGAAACCCAUAUGUAGAAGACGCGGAAGAAAUGCGGCCAGGGCAGGAUGAUAGCGAUAUGGGCACGCUCCGCGAUCGCUAUAGUCACCCAGAACGGUAUGCUAAUGGAGUUUCGUCCGAGCAAAAUCGAGAAGAGCCGGUUAACCCAUACCGUAUGCGUGGCGUGGGGAGCCCACCUCGAGACCCGGUGCAACGUGCAGCGUCCACAGGCCGAAAUUUGAUUCCGAAGGUCCAAAAGCCCGAGACACUGCAAGACGUGUUGGAUCGUUCGGCAUCAAUUCGCAAUCACCGUCGCACUGGUGGGUACGGGGGCUUCGGUUCAGCCAAUCCCUAG